UGUGGAUCUAGUGCAUGGAUUGGUGGAAAGUCAUCGUCAAAUAAUAUUUAAGGAUUUUUCAUUGAAGAAUUAUUAGAGUCCACGAGUAUAUAUUUUAAUUAUCAUUAGCUUCCACGAGGAUUUUUUUCUUUUAUUUUAAAGAAAGAGAAAAUGCAUGAUUCAUGAUUCAACGGUUUGUUAUAUAAACCAACCAUUAAGUCCGCAACAAACCUUGACUCAGAGAGGCAGAGAGAGAGAGAGAGAGAGAUAUAGAAGAGAAGUGAGUGGCGUUUGGUUAAUCAUUUUCAGAAGAUGGAUCCGACGGCGCCGUUGCUUACACACGGUGGCGAAGUAGAGGAGGAUUAUGCUCCGGCGAGGAGCUGGACCGAUGUGAAACGAGUCUUAUCUACAGAGUCGGCCAAGUUGUGGAUGAUAGCUGCUCCUGUGGGGUUCAACAUCAUCUGCCAAUACGGAGUUAGCUCAGUCACUAAUAUCUUUGUCGGUCACAUCGGCGAAGUCGAGCUCUCCGCCGUCUCUAUCUCUCUUUCCGUCAUCGGUACCUUCUCCUUCGGUUUCUUGCUUGGUAUGGGAAGUGCUCUUGAAACAUUAUGUGGUCAAGCAUAUGGAGCUGGUCAAGUCAAUAUGUUAGGAGUUUAUAUGCAGAGAUCUUGGAUUAUCUUGUUCGUUUCUUGUUUCUUCCUCCUUCCUAUUUACAUCUUUGCCACGCCGGUUCUGAGACUACUCGGUCAAGCAGAGGAGAUCGCUGUUCCAGCUGGACAGUUCACUCUUCUAACCAUACCACAGCUCUUCUCACUGGCCUUUAAUUUCCCAACCUCUAAGUUCCUUCAAGCACAGAGCAAAGUGGUUGCUAUUGCUUGGAUUGGAUUUGUGGCUCUUUCCCUUCACGUUAUUAUGCUCUGGUUGUUUAUAAUCGAGUUUGGUUGGGGGACAAAUGGUGCUGCUUUGGCGUUUAAUAUUACAAACUGGGGAACUGCAAUUGCUCAAAUUGUUUAUGUGAUUGGUUGGUGUAAUGAAGGCUGGACUGGUUUAUCUUGGUUGGCUUUUAAAGAGAUUUGGGCUUUCGUUAGACUCUCCAUUGCAUCUGCUGUUAUGCUUUGUCUUGAGAUCUGGUAUAUGAUGAGUAUCAUUGUUCUUACUGGCCGUCUUGACAAUGCAGUUAUCGCUGUUGAUUCCCUUUCUAUAUGCAUGAAUAUCAACGGCUUGGAGGCUAUGUUAUUCAUCGGAAUAAAUGCAGCUAUAAGUGUCCGUGUAUCCAAUGAGCUUGGCCUAGGCCGUCCACGAGCAGCUAAGUACUCUGUCUAUGUCACGGUCUUCCAGUCUCUCCUCAUUGGUCUUGUCUUUAUGGUGGCUAUCAUCAUAGCCAGAGACCAUUUUGCUAUCAUCUUCACAAGCAGUAAAGUACUUCAGCGUGCAGUGUCUAAGCUAGCUUAUCUUCUUGGUAUAACCAUGGUUCUCAACAGUGUGCAGCCGGUUGUUUCUGGUGUGGCUGUUGGAGGCGGUUGGCAAGGCUUAGUGGCCUAUAUCAACUUGGGCUGUUACUACAUUUUUGGCCUUCCCUUUGGAUAUCUUCUUGGUUACAUUGCAAACUUUGGAGUGAUGGUUAGAGAAUUUAGAAAAUGGCAUGAGUUAAGUCAGUUAAUGCUGAAGCUAAAACUUAUGUAUAAUGUUUUCAGGGACUUUGGUCUGGAAUGAUAGCCGGGACAGCGCUUCAAACGUUGUUACUGUUGAUUGUUCUGUAUAAGACAAACUGGAAUAAAGAGGUGGAGGAGACGAUGGAACGUAUGAAGAAAUGGGGAGGGAGUGAGACGACAUCCAAGGAUAUACUUGCGUGAUUGAUGUUUUUUUUUUGUUAAGCUUAGUAGUGACUUUUUGUUUGUCUUUCAUUGGUUUGGGCACCAAAUUGUUCUAUUUAGAGUUUUAGAUUGUAGGAAACUGUUCCAUCAGUUAUGUUUUGUUACUUACUUCCAAAAGGAAAAAUUGCAUUACAAAUGUUAGUUACUUUUCCUCAUGUAACCCAAAUGUAUCAAAAAAAUUUGUAACCCAAAUAAAAUUCCAGAUGCUUGAGAAUAAGCCAUUCUAGUUUUUUCAUCCUGC